AUGAGACAGGAAAUAGUUCUAGAAAGUACAGGCGAAAAUGCAAACAAAUCAAUUCAUUUGAUACCAGCAAGAGUGAAAUACACAGGUCCUACUACAGAAUUCGAAGACAAUUUCAAGAAUGACCCAAAUGAAAGCGAGUCUCAUGUUAGAUAUCUGAGGGGCAAGAAGCUUCUGGGCACCGACAUAUUAUCCAGUAUUCCAGGGCGUAAAGGUUACAUUAUAGAAAAGAAAAAUGGAAAAGCUGACGAAGGGCAAGAGCAAGAAAAAGAGGCUUAUAUCACAUCUGGGCCGCUGACUUCUGUAAUCAAUUAUGAAAGAGAAGGUAAUGAAAAAAGAUCAGAAGAUGAAGUCUCGAAAUUUCAAGAAUACAUUUCAUUGAUCGAUAUAAUUCAUGGCUAG